GACUUGCCGUGCCCCGUUUCGCGUUUUGCUUUCGCUAUUCAUUUGUCCCGUUUGAUCGUUGGUCGGCCAGUCUGAGGAGGUCAGAAACGAGAAAGUCCUGCGCUCCUUCGACCCUUUGUGGGCCAUAUCAAUUCUCUGGUUUCACCGACAACCUUCAGUAAUUAACAAGCUAAAAAUGAGUUCAGACGCGAAUUCAGGACCUGACAGCGCGCAGCAAGAAAGUCGGCCUGCGGGAAACCCUUUGAACUGGAACGGACUUGUCGACCACAUCAAGGCGCACAAAUUGGAUUUUGCCUUAUGGUGCACAAGAGUUUGUACAAUUUUCUUCACCAUCAUGUACUUCAUCCCACUUACUGGGAAUGCAUACAGUUGCUACUACAAAGCUCUGAUGGCUAAUGCUGCUACAAGUGCCCUGCGGUUGCACCUCCGUCUGCCUCAAGUGCAACUGUCACAACAGUUCUUUGCCCAACUGGUUGCUGAGGACAGCUGUCAUUACCUCUUUUUCUCGCUCAUCUUCCUCUACGUCUCGCCGCUGGCUCUGGUGCUUCUGCCUGUUGUUUUGUUUGCCAUGCUCCACUCUGCCAGCUACUCCCUGACACUCUUGGAUCAACUGGGCCAGAAUUCUUGGUGGGGUGCAAGGAUGCUCAUUUCCUUAGUAGAGUUUCAAUCAGUCAACAUUCUGAGAAUGGUAGCCUUCACGGAAAUUUUACUCAUGCCAUUCGUCUUCAUUAUGAUUUUCUUGGGCAAGGCUGGUCUUUUGACACCAUUCAUCUACUACAAUUUCCUGACCCUUCGCUAUUCUUCAAGACGCAACCCCUACACAAGAAAUAUGUUCCGGGAGAUCAGAGUCAACUUGGAAAACGUUGCCAACAAGCCCAGUUUCCCUGCCUUCUUGAAGGGUCCUGUUCACAGUGGAAUAGCACUGGUGAGCCGCUUGGCUCCCAGGCAGGUAGAGGCUCAACCCACCGACCAAUAAUUCAAUCACAAGACUCUCUCUUCACCUAUUUGUAAAUGCACAUUCCACUUCUUACAGCCCAAUGAUGAAUUUAUCAUAACUUUGCAUUAUUUUGAAACUUAAAUGAGAGCUGUUUUGCCUUUUUCGUAGGACUUGCUCUUUUCGCUAAUUUAUUUCCUGUGUGCUUUAUAAAUUUUGAUUAUUGAAUGGUUCUUUCAAUGGAAAUGGAAUAUAAGCUGGUCAUAGUAUUAACAUGCGAAUCAAACUAACACUUUUUAAAAUGUCAACAAGACUUAAAAUAAUAGCAGAGUCGGCUGUUGCUUCUGCUAUUUUAAAACAAUUUAUAAAGGGCUUACAACAUGCCUGCUAAUGUAAUAGAAUAGGCGGGAAAAUGCCUUGCUUUUUAACAUAAAAAAAUGGAACAUUCUCUAGAAACCAAAAAUUGAUAUUUGGUUACAUGUACUAAUUUUCUUUGACCAGCUAUAGCCUUUUAAAUUAUGUAUUCACUGGAUCCAAUGAUGUUAUUGUUUGUUCAAUUCAUUCUUUUAAUAAAUAAAAAUGUAAAAAUAAAA